AUGUCGCUAAGUAAAAGAGUGUUUGAAGCAGCAGUAAUUGCCAGUUCGUUUGCCACAAUUGCAGAGGGUUCUGCAAAGAUAAUACAGCGAGAUGUGCACCAUUUUCUCAUCAACAACAUAUUGGUAAAAACCAUUCGCGAGGCAUGUGACGAAAGCAAGCCCAUGUGGGAAGAUGCCCACAAUUUGUCGUGGUCGGCGAGAAAUGCCCAGUCAUCAUCAUCAUUUCCCAAGCCUCACAAUGGCGCAUUUGGCCAACAAGCUCGUUCAUAUUCAACUAAAUCAUUUUAUCCUGGCGAUCAAAUGGACCUUAUGGACUCAAUCCCUGCAAACCCCACUGUGCCUCCACAACCAACAGCGAAGGAUGCCGAAAAAAAUGUAAAUUUGCCAAAAGUCCGAGAAUUCGAAAUGAUGCAGAGCGACAUUCCAAGCUCGAGGUUGGCCCGUAUCUUCCACUAUGGCUCCUUGGCAGCGGGUAUGAGUAUCGACGCCGCUACCCAAGGGUUGAAAAACUAUGCCUCGGGCAACUCGUCGGCAAUGUCGAUGAAGUCGCUUCUUUUAUCGCCCCUGAAUAUCGAGAGAAUGGCCAAGAAGUUUUCAAAAAUGAGAGGAGCUGCUUUGAAGCUUGGUCAAAUGAUGUCUUUUCAAGAUUCAAACAUCUUGCCAAAGGAGAUUCAACAGAUUUUAUUGAGGGUGCAAAAUUCGGCCCACUACAUGCCCCCGGGCCAAUUGGAAAGAGUCAUGGUUAAACACUUGGGCAACAAUUGGCGUGAACGCUUGUUUACCUCGUUUGACGAUGUACCUAUUGCAGCUGCUUCGAUUGGCCAAGUGCACACUGCCGUGACGGAGGACUUGACCCCCGUGGUGGUCAAGGUUCAAUAUCCAGGUGUUGCCAAUUCGAUUGAUUCCGAUUUGAACAAUUUGCUUAUGCUUUUAACGGCGUCGUCACUCUUGCCAGCGGGAUUGUUCUUGGACAAGACCAUUGCCAAUGCCAGAGUCGAAUUAAAGUGGGAGUGCGACUAUAUCAGAGAAGCCCAGAAUCUUAUUCGCAUGAGGGAGUUUUUGAAAGAUGACGAUGCGUUUACUGUUCCCCGUGUUUUCCACAAUGCAUGCGGCGAACACGUUUUGACCAUGGAGAGAAUGAGAGGAACCGAGAUUGUCAAGGGCAACUGGGGCCAGGAAACCAAAAACUGGAUUGCAACAAACAUUAUGAGAUUAUGUUUACUCGAAGUCAAAAAAUUCAAAUUUAUGCAGACCGAUCCCAACUGGGCCAAUUUCUUGUACAAUGAAAAGACCAAAAAAAUUGAGCUUUUGGAUUUUGGUGCUGCUCGUGACUUUAACGACAAGUUUAUCGACAACUAUGUCAGAGUCUUGCGUGCUGCCGUCAAGAAGGACGCCGAGGCCAUUGAACGCAUUUCACUCGAUUUGGGAUACCUCACUGGGUUGGAAUCUCCAGCAAUGAUUAAAGCCCACGUUGACUCAAUCAUGUGUUUGGGUGAAGCCUUUUCCCCUAUAGAUAACAACGGCCAGCCAUUUAAUUUCACAAAGCAAACCAUCACCGAUAGAGUUCGAGGCAACAUCGGGUUGAUGUUGAAUGAAAGAUUGUCGCCACCACCGGAAGAAACAUACUCCUUGCACAGGAAAUUGAGUGGUGUUUUCUUGUUAUGUGCAAGAUUGAAUGCCACUGUGCCUUGUGAAGACUUGUUCAGAGAAAUAAUUGGCUACGAAGAUGAUUAG